UGAGUAUUAGGAAGUCCCACAUCAACGCUAUACAGGUAAGUAUUAAAUCUGAUGGUAGCGUUCAAAUGAGUACCUGAUAGUGGUGGUAAUGUUCGAAUAGAUAGCUCAUAGUGGCCUUUUAAACAUUAGUGUGUUACCAUUUUGUGAGACUUUCGUCUUUCUUAUCACAGAUGUCGUUGUUAUUCAAUUUAUUUAUGUGACGAGUCUCAAAAGAUUCAAUUCUUGUCAUGGUUAAGGCAUGAGACGAUUGAUUUAUUGACACCUAAUAUCAACAUUGAAGAAACGACAUAUACACAAUUCAUAUAGUUGCAUAUUUUAGUUGCAGCUUGGGGCAGUUUGAAUUCCCUUUGUAAGCAGAUUAAUUAAAGAUUUGUAGGCUCAUUUAAAGUAAAACAUUCUUAUUGAAAAGUCGAUUUCAUGUAUUUUCCAAGGCAUUAUCGUUGAGUGGCUUUUCUUUUUCUUUCGCGUGUGUGUUUGACUUUUUGUUUCGUGUUAUUGGUUUAUGGUUUGUUUUUUAAUUUUAAUUUUAUUUUUUGUAACAGCAAACCGCUUUCAGAGGAUUAAUGAAUUUGAAGUACCUCGACUUGGAGGGCAAUACGUUGUCACUGGAGCACCGUAAAUUUAAAGUGACUACUUUUAUGUACACACCUAACUUGACACAUUUGUACAUCGCCUUCAACACGGUGGUGAUGUUUAGUGACUGGGAAGCACGGCCUAACAGCGAGACCAGGGCGCCACUAGAGCAGCCUCGGUACCAAGAUUACAUUGACAUCUUCCAAUUCUUGCCUAAUUUGACGAGUCUUUCUAUCGAUACCUUCAGAGACAUGUACCUAGGAUACGAAUUCACAAACUUCACUCAACUGAAAAGGCUGAAAUUGUACUGCGCUCCAGUUAGAGAAGUUUACAACAAUAGUUUUAUUGGACUGGCUGGUCUGCCUUUAAAAGACUUGGAGUUAACAUAUUUUUCAGUCCUGGUCCCCCCAACGAUUCACCC